AUGUCUCUUAACAUGGAUAUUGCAGCACAUCUUGCAGAAAAACCUCUCGGGAAAGUAUUACGAUCAUUCCGCAGCCUUUACAAAGACAACUUUCCCUCCCCGCAAGCAAAGGUAUUCGGCAAUCCCAAAAAUGCAGACGAAUGUCGAGAGCCUCUUGAAGACCUCAUUCUUAAGUUCAUUGCUUAUAUCCAAGACAGUUUCGAUACACCAACUAAAGUCAAAAAGCUCUUCUCGCGGUUAAAUACGAUAGGUAGCUGGAUGAGAUCUAUACCGUUUGAUAUGACCCCAUUUGAACUAGUAGCAACUUUAAUUCUGAACCAUGCGACUGACCUUGAAAUUUGGAACUCACUCAUACUGCUUGUCGAUGAACUCGAAAAGAUCAUGUCAGCUACAGAAGAUCAGCUCGAAGAACUAGCUACUGAAUCCAUUUACCGACGAGUAGUAGAAUCAUCUGACGGAGCACAAAUGAACAUGGAGGAUCUGAAGCAAGCUUUGAGCGGAGAGUUGGAAGGCUCGGUUUUUGUGAACGUGAUCGGCUUUUGGGAUAAAUACUUUGAGUCAAAGCGGAUAAAGGUCGAGCGUGACGGCCUUACCAAGAAAUUUAUGGAACUAUCGGCAGAAUCCAAGUUCCAGUUUCCCGCUGUCCCGACUGAAGAUGCGGUAUGGAAAUGGAUGCAGGUUAUCGAGCAUGACCUAAUCAAAGCCUAUCGAAGCCCAAGUCAUUCGGCAACAAAUGAUGCUGCAAAUACUGCAGAAGAACGGGUUGGAUUAGCUUUCACUGGGGCUCAAUUUCACACUCUCGCAGCCGGAAAAAUCAUUGGAAACCAGACAAAGCGACAGGUAGAUUACUUCAUCAAAAGUCGAAACCUUCCGACUGAGGACAGGCAUCAUUGGCGGGAUAUUCUUGUGGUGGGUGAACUUACGGUAUCUUCAUCUAAGGUUUCUCGGCAAAAGUUUCUUCAGCUCAGUGUAUACAUGCGGGAAGUGUUCAUGGCUCAGCCACUUCGUCGAUUCGUGCACGGGUUCAUCCUCUUCGAGAAAGACCUGCAACUUUGGGUAUACGACCGAUCGGGACCGUAUUCUUGUUCAUAUAUUGAUAUUGGCAAAUCACCAGAGAAGCUCGUGCAUGUCUUGGUGACAUACAUGCUGAUGAACGAUGAGGAACUUGGUCUUGACCCCAACGUCAAAUACGAAGGUGAAGAUAUGAUAGUUCAUCUCGAGGUGCCCGGGUCGAAGGAUAUACGGAAGUUCACCUUGGAUCCCAACCCAAUCUCUCAACAGAAGGCAUACCUUUGUAGGGGAACAAGUUGCUAUAAAGACAGAACCCUCAGCUGCGUGGUCAAAUUCUCGUGGAGAAUAUGCGAUGGGCUUUCAGAGAUUGAGCUUCUUGAGAUGGCGGACAAUAUACCUGGGAUGGCAAAGAUUCUUGGAUCAGCUAAUCUGGUAAAAAUCAGCCAGCUCCGCGAAGGUCUUCUGUUCACCAAGAGCAUGGUCAAAGACACUCGUCCGACGGAGAAGAUCAUGACUACGCCAUACGACUUAAGUGGAGAGAUGACACGGAUUCCGAAGGAAAGCGUGAAUAACCAACUGAGCCGAAAGCGAAAGAGGGAGGCACUUCAAGCUGAAAAAGAGAUGGCUGGAUCAAUUAAAAAAGCGCGAUCAAUGCAAGAAAGUAGGCAAAAUCAUUACGUGGAAAUGGAAGUUCUUACUAAUUACAACACAGAUACAACCGUGACCCAACAAGCGCUCAAAAUUCCAAACUCUGGCAGGGCAAUGAUCGUGGAAGGCUCUGCUUAUUCAGUCAAUCAAUCUUCCGGUAAAAGGAAAACUGCCGAUGAUGCCGAAGUAAACGACAGAUUGAAGAGAGUUCAACUGUCAAGUAACGCCGGCUUAAUUGCGAUGAAUAAUUCUGCGGGACCAAGCUCACUUCCUGAAAAGGCUCCAAAUCCACCAAAGUCAAGUGCCAAUGCUAGAUCAUGUAGUACGAAAGCGGUAAAAAUGGUAAACACUGAAGUCAUUAUUCCACGUGACCGUCAAUUUACCGCUGCCGGGAUCUCGCCGUACGGGCGGCCGAUUGAUAAGUUUAGAUCGGCGCUGGAACUGAUCAUCGGGAUUAGCGAUGCCAUCAAGGCGCAUCGGUCACUACUGAUGGACGCUAAGAUAUUACAUCGCGACAUCUCGGUGAAUAAUAUUCUAUUGACUGGCAUUGAGACGAGUGACAAGCUGGGUGGUGUCUUGAUAGAUCUGGACUUGGCAACAUUGUUGAAAGAUGGAAAAGUUCAAGAAAAGGAUCGAGUGGUGACAGGCACGAUGCAAUUUAUCGCACUGGACAUUUUGAGUAACAGCUUUGCGACGACGGGUGCAGUGGUCAACCACACUUACCGACAUGAUCUCGAGUCGUUCUUGUAUGUCUUAAUCUGGGUCUGCAUUAACUGUGGAUGGAAUAAAGGCACAAACCCGCAUGAAGUUUUCCUAUCAAAAUGGUAUACAGGGACCGCCCAAGAAAUACACUUACAUAAGGAAUACUACAUCACUCUUGGUAGCUUCGAAAAAGUAUUGUUUAAAUUUUCGCCGAUGUUUGAUGAUGUGAAGGUUCUAGCUGAGGAAUUCAGGGACUUAUUAUUUAAUUCAAAUAUAAAGACGCGAACAGGAAAUCUUGAGGACCCGAACAAACUAUACGAACCUAUCAUUGCGGCGUUUGAUAGAGCUAUCGAGGCAUUGAAAAUGUAA